AUGUCUGCAGAUCUCAUCGAGAAACUGCUUGCCAAGAUGAAGAAGACAGGCUCUUCAGACAUGUUGCCUCCCAAGAUGGAGCCUGGCGAGGCACCAAGCUCUGAUGCUCCGCCCUUCCCCAGUUACUCCAUCCAGCCCGAGCACCCCAUCAUGACCAGCGCGCCCAGAUAUCCUUUCGUAAGGCCCUUUGCCGGUGGCCCCAUACCAGCCCCAGGAACUCCCCAGGACCGUUUUGCGGCUGUUUUGGGCAGACCUCGUUACAGUUCCUUGCCAGCCCCUUUGCUGGGCAUGGCCUUGAACACCACCACGCCUUUCCCGCCUCCCUCCCAUCAACAGUCCUCGGCAUUCGGUAUGCACUUGGCUGCUCCAGGCGUCUCUACUCCUGGAGCCCUCUCUACGCCCCAGCCUAUCCCCAGCCUCGCUGCACCUGCUGUGCACAAGCCGCAAGUAGGACCCACUGGCAGGUCCAGCAACAAUGGAGGGGGCCGAGGCCCAACAUUGCCUGAGCCAGGCGCCCCAGUGACAACUUGGCUCAGCUUCGAGUGCCAACGACGCCACUUCAAUCCCGAGUUCAAGACCAGAGAGAUUUUCACCAAGGAUGGAAGGCCCAAGUAUCAGUGCAUUGUCACUGUGAAGGAUAUCGUCAUCGACAGCAACACCCUUUUCAAUGACCCUUUGGACGCAAAAGCCCAUGUCGCCGACAAGGCCCUCAAAUACAUACGUAGAGAGUGGCCUAGGAAUGGGUUGCCCGCGUCUUACAACAGCGCCCCGGGAGCUGCCACUGUCAAGAACCAGGUGGAAGACCUGGGUCGACGUCAGGAAGAGCUGAGGCAAAUGCUGAAGCAGCGUCAGCAGACGAAGAGCGCUGAGCCGCUUCAGAACAGCCCCCCAGUCUCUUCAGGCGUGGAUAUGACGGAUCCCGCUCAAGCUCGUGCCUUCGUCGAGGGCUUCAAGGUUGGCCAGCUCGCAGCUCAGCGGGAAGCCGCAGGAGGCGGCUCUUCGCCCCCUAGCAUUCCGCCGUCACGUCGUCGAUCCCGGUCCCCCGCUCGCCGCCGGAGCGGCUCUCAGGGCAACGCAGACGAUUCCUACCGCCAACGUUCCCCGAUUCGUGAUGCGACCAAGACAGGCACCGAGGCUUUCUCGCCCCCUCGCUACUUUGAUGGUAGUCGUCAUGGUAUGUAA